GUUUUUGACAGUAGCUCCUCCCACGUGCGUCUAGAACAUCAAGUUUAUGAUUACAUUUUUAGACAGGCGCCCAAAGAGAGGCGGAGGUUGCUCAUUUUCUCCGAGAGGACAGCGUGAACGCGGCAGUAACGCUGCGCCGCAGACAUGGCGCUGUCCUGUUUGAGGAUGUGCCACCGCCUGUCAUCGGUUCGACUGAGUGGUAUCGGUACCAGCAGCUCGAUACCCAGCUUGUAUCUCUCCGGCCUGUCGCAACAGUCCAGGUCUCCUCUCUGUAGACACUACACCUCAUCCAAAGUUAGACGAGGUCUUGGACGUUUUAUUUCCUCCAGACUCCAGGCAGCAAACGUCAAAUAUGAGAGCUUUCUCAAAAAGAGGUUUCCCAGAUUCUUUCUGCUGUAUCACACUUUUAUGGAAGGCUUCAAAAUGUUGUUCCACGAUGCCAAAGAGGUGAAGAGGAUAAAUAUGAAAAUGCUUUAUGGAGGUGUAAAGUAUCAGGACUUGCCCUACAGGGAGAUGGAGAAACUAAGACAGUUUCGUAGAGAUUUGAUCAAAGGAAUCCCUCUUGUGAUGAUAUCCAUCCCUCCCUUUGCCAACUACCUGGUUUUCGUCCUGAUGUACUUUUUCCCACGUCAGCUUUUAAUCCCUCACUUCUGGAACCCAAAGCAGCAGAUUGAGUUUCGGAGUGUGUAUCAUUCCAUCAGGGCCCAGCACCACCGGCCGGUUCUGCAGGAGCUGGAGGAUGCGAGUCGUCUUGUCAAAAAUGUUCAAGCUCAAACUUGUCUUAAAAGCUUGUGUGAUAAUGUGAAAAGGGGGGCGAACCCUCACGUGUCUGACAUCCUGGCUGUUCGCAGUCUGUUCUCGGGACCGCCUUUGGGCAUAAGGAGAUUAAGAGUUGAUCAAAUGCGGCACAUCAGCCCCCUGCUCUUCCUGACGCCCCACCUCCCGAGCUUCCUGCUGGGCCGAAGGCUGAACAGGCACGGUCUGGAGCUCCUCCAGCUGGACCGAGCCCUCAGCAGGCUGGGCCUCCACCAGCUGAAUGAGUCUGAACUCAGACAGGCUUGCUAUGUAAGGGGUAUCAACGCUUACUGUCUUGGUGCUAACCAGUGUCGGGAGUGGCUAUCUCGCUGGCUUCAGGUGUCCUCCUCUCUGAAAGACUCGGAGGUGUCCCUGCUUUUGCACUGCAUCGUAUUUCUUUCCACAAACUACCCGAACUCUCCUCACCGCUGCUGACAGGAAGCCUGACCAUGCAAAUCGCUAUCGCAGUUAGGGCUUUGGGGCGCUGCACAGCACAACUUCCUCUUAAAUGUCAAAAAUCCCUUGAUGAAUUGGAAAAAACAAAGUUUUUGGCAGGUCUUAUAAGUGUGAGAGAAAGCGAAAGAAGGUUAGAAAACAUUUGUAGUUAAAAUAAUCCGAUUUUGGCAUAAAUAUCAUGCAGUGUCUUCACACAGAUGUGUUAUGCAAUUUAAAUUGUUUAAAUGAAGCCCUUAUAUUAAAUAUUUAUUCAUUAGGUUUGUUGCUCUGAAAAUCAUUUGGUUUUAUCUGGGCUGAAACAGAAAUAUGGCUUCAGAACUACAAUAUAUAAAUAAUAUAUAAAACAUAUGUUCUCUUUUUCUGAAUGCUGUUUUUUGUUUGACGUGAUCAAACGUGCCCCGUUGUCGUCUGUCACUUUGUGUUAUGCUAUUUGGCUUUUUGCUGGUUUUGAGAACAUUAGAAACAUGUAGAGUGACUCUUUCUUUUAAAAGGGGAACAAAUGCUAAUCAUCAGAAAACAAAUCGGAAGCUGGUUUUCUGAAGAAAUUUGUAGAAACCAGCCCAUUUUCCUGUGUGAUGAGAAGCUGAAAUUCUUGUUGUGGACAAACAAACAAACAAACAAACCAUCUCAGAGCUGCAUGAUCGCAUUCAUAAAGUUUCGAUGGCACUUUAUUGUUUACUUAUUUGAGUUUUGUGUUCUCUGAUUGCUCAAUUACAUUUGUUUUCUUUGUGCCUUUUGCAAAUAUUAGUACAACACAGCCUAAAUUUCAGUUACAAAGUAUUUUCUUUACAUGUUUGUUUUGUAAUUUAUUUGCUCAGCAAAAAUGCUGAACGUUUUUUUCCUGUGCCAAUGUUUUACAACAUUAGAGAAAAAGGAUUUUAAUAAACAUCUUCAUGCCAAA